AUGGAUAUUCGACUCCUGCAGGCGUCGGAUCUGCCCCUGAUCCAGCAUGCCAACCUCGAGAACCUGCCCGAAAAUUACUUCCUCAAAUACUACCUUUACCAUGCCAUGACCUGGCCCCAGCUCAGCUACGUCGCCGUCGACGUCAGCCGGCCUGCCAAGAGCGCCUACGACCAUCCCAAGAUCGUCGGCUACGUCCUCGCCAAGAUGGAGGAGGAGCCCACCGACGGCGUCCAGCACGGCCACAUCACCUCGCUCAGCGUCAUGCGCACGCACCGCCGCCUGGGCAUCGCCGAGAAGCUGAUGCGACAGGCCCAGCUGGCCAUGGUCGAGACCUUUGGCGCGCAGUAUGUGAGCCUGCACGUGCGCGUGUCCAACCGCGCCGCCAUCCACCUGUACUGCGACACGCUGGGCUUCCGCAACGAAAAGACCGAGGCCAAGUACUACGCAGACGGCGAGGACGCCUUCAGCAUGCGUCUCGAGCUGAGCGCCAUCCGCGAGCAGAUCGCGGGCGGCAAGGACCGGACCGACGAGGAGGCACAGGACGAGGGCGAGCCCGUGGGCGACGUCGGCUCGACAGAAACAGUGGCAGCGGCCAAGGCGGACGCAGCCGCAUCAAAACAGGCCGACAAGAAGGUCAAGGUCAAGGUGGGCCGCGGCCUGGGCGUGGGCGAACUGGUCGAGCGCGUGGAGGCCAAGUCGUCGUAG